AUGGCCGUCAAAGGUGCGAAUGUCAGGGAAGGAAGUUGUGUGGGUAAAUACGGUACCACGUUCCCUGAAUUCGAUUUCCCGGAGAAUGGAAGGAAGCCGAUUCCCGGUUUCAUCUGCGGAGAGAAAAGGAGUGCCCGCUCCCCGGCGACGGCGUCCGGCCCCAGUGGCCAUCCGCGUCCCCCCCUCGCGGGCCUGAGCCACCCCGCGGCCGACGGCGGCCGCGAAGACCCGGGUCUCGUCGGUGCCGUGAGGCGCUUGCGCGGGGACGAAGCCGCCGCUGGCGGCGCGCUUUCCUGCAGCCCCGGAACCUGCACCGCGGCUUCUGGGCGUGCGCGGAGCCGCUCACUCCGGCCGCGCCGCCUUGACGCCCCGCGGGUCCCAGCGGGCGCAGACAGCGCCCCCUCCCAGGGCGGCCGCGCGGGGCGCGCAGCGGAAACCCGGUCCCGGGGCUGCAGAGACGCGCGCGCGCAGCAGAGCGAGGGUGCCGGGGCGUCGCCGAGAGCAUCCGAGGCACAGCCGACGCGUAGUCCUCCACACCUCCUACUUGCCGGUCGCAGCCCCGGCUCCGCUGAGCCGGCGCCCGCGGAGAGCAGACGGGCGGACCGGCGGCUGCACUGCGCCCAGAAGGGCCGUGGGAGGUGCCCCCGCUUUGCCUGUCCGCAUUGGUGCCUCCUGCGAGAACCUGGCGGGCUCCUGCACGGGGCUGCUGGCCACCGAGUGGAGCCGUCGCGGCCCGAGUCCGCGCUGCCCUCACCCCAGGUCAGGGCCUUCCCUAACCGUCGUCUCCGAUGGGGCUCCAAGGCCCUGGUCCCUGGGCUGCCUUCUUGUCACACCCAGCCUCCUCGCCCCCUGCCGCAGUCCGGCCUGGGCUGUCUCGGGCCGUCUGAGCUUGCUCCGGGGGCGGCGGGAACCCAGCGCCCUCCAGCAUCCUCCGGCCGGCCCCAGGACUCUCGGACCAUGCAUCCCGCGGGCCGGGGUGCGGCUCAGCCCCGGCUUCCUGGGCAGCAGCGGCCUGGCUGUCCCGCCGGCUGCGGGGUUGUCUUCUCUCCCGACCCGCCGGUCGAGGGCGCCUCCCGGCUGCGCAGCGGGCUUUCGCCGGCCACGCACGCAGCCUUCUCUCGGAGGGCGCGGGUGCGGCUGCGGCAUGGGCUCCACGCGUGCCAUCCGCGCGCUAUGUGCGUGCUCGCGCCGCCCGGCCCCGCAGCGCACCGCCUUCGCUCUGGGAACCCGGCCUGA